AUGGCCGACGACGACAAGAAAUCCGGCGUGGUUGCAUCUGCAACGGAGGGGAACGCCGACUUGUUGACCGCACCCAAAGUGCCUCCUCGCUUCGCCGACGAAAGCUUCAAGCUCUUUUCCAAGGUCCAGGUUGACGAUCCUACGCCGGAAGAAGCAUUGAGGAUCAAGCGAAAACUCAUCUGGAGAAUCAUCCCCUUUCUCUGCGUCGGCUAUCAUCUGAUGUAUGUGGACAAGCAGACGCUUGGGAGUUCGGCCAUCCUAGGCAUUCUCAAAGACAACCACCUCAAUGCCACUCAAUACAAUUGGCUUUCGUCCAUCUUUUACUUUGGCUAUCUCCUGGCGGAAUGGCCGCAGAACUGGGCCCUGCAACGGUUCCCGGUGGGGAAAUGGUUGGCCGCCAACCUGAUGCUCUGGGGAGGAAUCGUCUUGCUCCACAUCCCGUGCCGGAACUUCGCAGGUCUUUUUGUGGUCCGAUUCUUCCUCGGUACGGCCGAGGCAUGUAUCGUGCCGGCGUUCCUGUUGACCCUCGCCAUGUUCUUCACCUACCAGGAGCAGUCGUGGCUCAUGCCAAUCAUGUGGGCUUCGGGGAACUCCAGUCCCAUCACGUCGGGGCUGUUGUCUUACGGUGUGCUCUGGAUCAAGACGGGCGGGUUUGAGCCGUGGAAAUGGUUUAUGGUCAUCACCGGGGGCAUCACGAUCUUGUUCGGCGCCUCAGUCUGGUUCUUCUUCCCCGACAGUCCGUUGAGUGCCCGCUUCCUGAGCCCAGAGGACCGGGCGAGGGCAGUGCUGCGCAUCAAGGAGAACCACUCCGGCAUCGAACACAAGCGGUUCAAGCGAUAUCAGUUCAUCGAAGCCAUCAAAGACCCCAAGACAUGGAUGUUCUUCCUGCAUGCCUGGAGCCAGGAAAUGGCCAAUGGCGUCACGAACCAGUAUUCGCUUAUCAUCAAGUCGUUUGGCUUCAGCACCCUCCAGACGACGCUCCUUGGCUGCGUCACCGGCCUAGUGUCGCUCUUUUCGCUAGCCUUCGCCGCCGUCUUCCUCAACCGCACCCGCGACUGCCGUGCCUGGAUCUCCGUCGCUGCGUAUGUGCCGGCCGCCAUCGCCAACAUCCUGCUCAUGGCGUUGCCCUGGUCGAACCGUUGGGGGCUGGUCACCGGCAUUUGGUUGCGUUCUACCGCCGGUAUCCCGUACGCGGUGGUCAUGAUCUGGGCAUCCAACAAUUCGGCCGGCCACACCAAGAAGACAACUGUCAUUGCGUUGUAUCACGUGGGCUAUGGUCUUGGAAAUAUCCUCUCGCCUCAACUUUUUGUUCCUGGCUGGGCACCACGCUAUUAUGCGACGUGGGGAAUUAUUCUGGGGCUCGCUUGCAUCCUUCCGACGAUCGACAUUCUGGUUCUCCGAUGGUACCUCGUCAGGGAGAACCGACGUCGCGACAAGCUGGAAGCCGCAUCCCAAGUGGCCCACAGGGGAAUUGUCGAGGCCGUCGAUGCCGACGGCACCAAGACGCAGACCAUCGUGUCCAACAACCAACUGGAUCUGACGGAUAGAGAAAACCUGGAGUUUCGCUACGUCCUGUAA